CAGGCUGAUCUGAGUGCAUCAUCAGCAUCAAGCAGCAGUGCAGACAGUGUCGUGGUAGUCGUCGAAUGUAGUCACAAUAUUGUCUAUUGUUUAUUUAUAUUAUUUACUAAUUUAUCACGAGUUAUUUUUGUUGACAAUAUUAUCAAAAAAAAAAGAACAUAUCAACCAUCAUAAACAUAAACAAUCAAGUGCUCCAAUUUCGCCAUUAAUAAAAAAAAUUAAAACAAUAAUGUAGUAAUUAAUAUUAUUUUAUUGCAUAAAAUAUAUAUACCGUGUUGAAAUUUGUUGUUAAUAAUUGUACGUGCCAAAAAGUUUAUUUUAUUUUUUAUUUUUUUUUUCUGCUCCAAUAAUUUAAAAAUUGCGUGUGUGUAGAGAUAUAUCACCAGUUGCAUGUUACAUAACCCAACAAUAUUCACCUGAUUUUUGACAUUUAUAUUUUAUCAUUUAAACAAUAUAAAUUAUAAAUAAACCGUUGGUUUUUGGUUAACCCGGCUUUUAUUAUUAACAAUUUAUUAUUGUUGUUCAUUUUAUCAACUACAAUUGGAGAUCUACUCUGCUGUCCUCUGUCGAUAAAUCAUCUGCCUUAGGCUGAGGAUUUUAGGCAACAAUUUCUCAAUAAUGGCGGCUGGAACGUGUCCUUUUUCAUAAAAGUUAUUUGAUAUAUUUAACCAGGAUGGUGCUGGUAGUAAAUGGAGUUCUCCAAGAGGAGGCUCCAGCUGACAGCAGAUCCUUGUAUGCAUCUCAUCCAGUUUAUCGUGAAACAGCUGCACAUUUACACUCAAUGCCAGCAAAAUUAGUUGGACCAGUUGGUCUUCUUUAUGUUCAACAACGUGAAAUGGCUGCUACACUACCCCAUGACAAGAACGUGAAUAUCCUGGGCUCUGACGACAUGACCACGUGCAUAAUCGUCGUUGUCAGGCAUUCAGGAUCAGGAGCUGUUGCUUUGGCACAUCUUGAUGGUGCUGGAACUGAAGAUGCAGCAUCAGCAAUGGUUCAAAGGGUUACUGAGCUUGCACUUGGAUUUCCAGAAGGAAGAAUUGAACUUCAACUUGUCGGUGGUUAUUCUGAUCCGAGAAAUUACUCAGAAGAAUUAUUUUACAGUAUACUUUCUGCUUUUCAUAAACAACUUAUUGAAGUUGAUUUGACAUUAUGCUGUGUUGGUGAAUUAAAUACAACAGUUAGAGGUGGUAUUCAUUGGCCAGUUAUUUAUGGUAUUGGACUUAAUGUUAAAACUGGAGAAAUAUUUCCAGCAACAUUUCCAGACAAAGGACCAGAUCAAGCACUAAGAUGUGCUAGACAUUUGACAGGUGGCCAACAGGUACUAGAUGUUUAUGAUUGUACACUUGGUCUCUUGAGAAUUGGUCCAUUCAAUUAUGAUCCACUUCGUGGAGUUGAUCUUUGGCUUGCACAAACUGAUCAAUUCAUUCUUCAACAUUUAUCAACAGCACCUGAUGUAGAACCUCCACAUUUUGUUUCUCAGGUAAGAGCAACAUUAAAAUACAUUCAGGAUAAUCAAUUUCCAGCUGUGACAGUUUUUCGAGACAACAGACCACAUUAUUAUCGUCGAGAUGAAGCCACUGGUGUUUGGCAACCAAUUCGUUAUGAUACUAACUUUUAAUUUACUUGUCAAUGAUUAAAAAACAACAAAAAUUGCUAUCGAGAUAACAAUAUAAUUAUCCUCUCAAUAAGAAUCUUAAUUUUUUAAUUAUUGGAUUAAUGAUUCUUUAAGUUAUUUAAUAAUCAAUUGCCAUAUAUCGAUUCUACAUGAGGAUAAUAGUAAAGGUGUCUAUAUAAAUAUUAAACAUACAAUACGAUGUACAUAAUAUUUUUUUUUCAUUUUUUUUUUUUAUUUCUUUCUUUCUGUAGAAUAGGCUUGCUAGUAAUUUCUGUAAAAUUUGUCGUAAUUUUAUUUUGUUCUUUUUUUUUAUUAUUAAACAAUUUUGCCAUAAUUUUUUCAUUAUUAAAACUCGAGAAAACAAUUAUUAAUUUCUAUCUAUAAUAAACGUCUUGCUAUUUUUUGUUUUUUUUUUUUCGUUGAAAUAUAAAAUUAAAAAUAUCGUUGUUUUUCUCGUUUCGGUGAUAAACUAGCUAGCCUUUAUUACAAAAUUAAUUUCAAACAUUUAUAAUUAUCAUUAGACUUAUGAAGAGAUAUAUUUUUACUAUUAUUAUAUGGAAAAAAAAACAAAACGUUUGGUAUACAAAUUAAGUAACAAAAAUAUUAAGAAAAAAAUUAUUUCUUUUGUAGUCAUUAAGUUGUUUUUCGUUGCUCUCUAUUGUUUUUUAAAUAAGUUUUUUUUUUUUUUUUUCAUUUAUUUCUUUUAUUUUUUACGUAGAAAUUAUGAAAGUUAUUAAAAAAAAUAAAAAUAAAAUCUUCUAGAAGCUAUUGUUAGACAGAGUGAUGUAAAAUGAUGAUGGAAAAAAAUAAGAAAAAUUAUAAAAACGUCUGAUAGUGAUAACUUCUGAAAACUAUGAUUAUAAUUGAUCAUUUAACAUUUUUCAGUUGCUUCAGAGGUUGAAAUAAUAAAUGAUAAUUAAUUAGCAUCAUUAACUAGAUUAUUUAUCAUUUAAAAAAAAAAGAAAUUGCAUAAA